GGCAGCCCAGCAGUGCCCACGGACCGACGUGGGUGUGCACGCAGGGAUCAGAGCGGCCCGUGCCACACGAGGGGACUCCAAUCCUUAGCACCGGCAGGAACCAGGGCUCCGGCUUCGUGGACAGCGCCAUGGACGGCACCGACAAUGCAACCCAGUUCUUUGAGCCGUUCUCUCUGCAGCCGGACAACUACACCCUGCCGCCCAAUGCCAGCAGCCUGAGCCCCGGCCUGGACUUUCAGUCUGAGCCGGCCGCCAGCCCCGGCCCCGGCCCCAGCCCCAGCUUCAGUCUCGGGCCAAGUUCAAGCAUCAGCUUCAGCCCCGGCCCUACCCUGGGCCCGGAGCCGACGACCGACAGCUUCGCAGGCAGCACAGCGAGCCAGGGCCCGUCCCUUUCCCCCAGGCUCUGGGCCUCUCACGACACCCCUUUCUGGGACACGUCCCUGAACCACGGGCUGAACGUGUUCGUGGGCGCCGCCCUGUGCAUCACCAUGCUCGGCUUGGGCUGCACCGUGGACGUGAACCGCUUCGGGGCACACGUCCGCCGGCCGGUGGGCGCUCUGCUGGCCGCGCUCUGCCAGUUCGGCUUCCUGCCGCUGCUGGCCUUCCUGUUGGCCCUGGCCUUCAGGCUGGACGAGGUGGCCGCUGUGGCGGUGCUCCUGUGUGGCUGCUGUCCCGGCGGCAACCUCUCCAAUCUUAUGUCUCUGCUGGUCGACGGUGACAUGAACCUCAGCAUCAUCAUGACCAUCUCUUCCACACUGCUGGCCCUGCUUUUGAUGCCUCUGUGUCUGUGGAUCUACAGCCGCGCCUGGAUCAACACGCCCCUGGUGCAAUUACUCCCCCUGGGAGCAGUGACCCUGACCCUCUGCAGCACCCUCAUCCCGAUCGGCUUGGGCGUCUUCAUCCGUUACAAAUACAACCGCGUGGCUGACUAUAUUGUGAAGGUUUCCCUGUGGUCUCUACUAGUGACUCUGGUGGUCCUUUUCAUAAUGACCGGCACUAUGUUAGGACCUGAACUGCUGGCAAGUAUCCCUGCAGCUGUUUAUGUGGUCGCCAUUUUUAUGCCCUUAGCUGGCUACGCCUCCGGCUACGGCUUAGCCACCCUCUUCCACCUUCCACCCAACUGCAAGAGGACUGUGUGUCUGGAAACGGGCAGUCAGAACGUGCAGCUCUGCACCGCCAUUCUAAAACUGGCCUUUCCUCCGCAGUUCAUUGGAAGCAUGUACAUGUUUCCCUUGCUUUAUGCUCUUUUCCAGUCGGCCGAAGCAGGGAUUUUUGUUUUAAUAUAUAAAAUGUACGGGAGUGAAAUAUUGCACAAGCGAGAUCCUUUAGAUGAAGAUGAAGAUACAGACAUUUCUUACAAGAAACUGAAAGAAGAGGAAAUGGCAGACACUUCCUAUGGCACAGUGAACACUGAUACUUUAAUCAUGAUGGAGACCACUCAGACUUCCCUCUGAAUGUGGAAGUGUACCCGAGCAUCUAUCUGGCCGAUACAUUACUUCAUAUGUCUGGGCUGUGGUACUGUAUAAGGUUUACAUCAAGGGUAAAAAGGGUAUUAUUUUCCAUGUAAAAAUGAUGACCUUCCCCAUUGUAUUAACCAGGCAUUUUCACGAAUUACAAAUCAGUGUUGUACUAUAUACCCUGCAGCUGGAACCAUCACAGUGAUGUCUGAGCUAGUUACCUGUAUGUUUUAGUCUUCGCCGUUUGUUUGCCCUGUGUGCCCAGGGUGUCUGAAAUGUAGGAUUUUGGUGCAUUAUCUGAGUAAAAACCGCUUAUAUUUGUAAAGUAUAUUGGAGUCUAAUGUAGUUGUAUAAAAAGUGUAUUCUGCUCAAUUUAUAAUAGCUGACAAAGCAAAAUUUGACCUGUCAUCUGAG